UGAUUAUUGCCAUAUCAGUUGCUGAUAUGUUCUUAAAAUACAUUCCGUGUUCAUUUCAUUUUCAGUAUAUAUUGAUUGGUAAAUAACAGUAUCGGAUUUACUCUAACCAAUUACAAUUGGUAUACCAAGUGAUGGCCAAAGCCUUUAACGGUUGGCAAACAAAAGACCAACAGUUUUUGAACUAUUCUUCUCAAUUCCGUGCACCAAUAUUCAGAGUAAUAAUUAUUGCUCUGCUUUUGUUGUUGCCAUCGUCAUUUUUCGUGAAUCGAUGUCCUGAAUUGUCUACGGUGCAAGCAUUACCCAUUGGCUUGCAACUUGUUGAUCAUUUUAUUGUCAAUCAAUUCAAUUCGACCAGUGGAUCGGUGAAUCGAUCGAUCGUAUCAUCAAAAGAGGAAUCGCAAUUUAUUAAGGAAACGCUUUCAUCAAAUGAAAUUACAAAUGUAAUCCAAACACUUCUUUUGGCGCCGAAUAACAAUCAUCGAUUCGUCGUCAAAUCGAAUGAUUCGAUUCCAUCAAAAGUGAACACCAUAAAUAACGACAUUCAUCAUCAUCAUAUCAUUGCCGAUAAAAGCAAAGAAAACACAAAUUCGGUCAUUCAUAAUUCAUCACCAAUAGUUGUUGGCAGCAAUUUAAAAAAAGAUGAUAACUCAAAGGCUUUAUUUAUAAUCGAAAUUUUGCUAAGAAUCGUCAUAUUCAUUUAUUGCUGCUUGGUUAUUGGUUAUCUUUGUGACGAAUAUUUUGUUCCUUCAUUAAAUAGCAUCGGUCAAACAUUAAAUUUACGAGACGACCUUAUCGGUGCUAUACUUAUACCAUUUGGUACAUCUGGUCCUGAAAUUUUCUCUUCUGCUAUCGGUGUAUUUUUCACCGAAAAUGAUAUUGGUACUGGAGCCAUCAUUGGUAGCGGUGUAUUUAAUAUAUUGGCAAUACCGGCAGCAUCUGGCUUGGCUGCUGCAUAUUUCAUUGGCCAAUCGAUCCGAUUGGAACAAAGUGCCGUACUUCGUGACCUUACUUUCUAUUUUAUUUCAAUUAUUGUCCUGAUAUUGGCUAUUAAAGACAACACUGUCGAUUUUAUUGAUUCAUUACUAUUCACGAUAUUAUUCGUGGUAUAUAUUGGUGUUAUGUUCUACAGUGCUGCUAGUGGCCCUGACGAACAAUCUGAUAAGACAAAAUCACAAAAUCAGACACCAAUUCAAUCGGAUGAAAAGUCGUUACAGAUGCAACGGCAACCUAUUGAAAAGGAUCGAAAAUAUAUACAAAAUAACAAUAAUCAACAGCAUCAAACAUUGUUUCUCGGUGGUGGCCAACUUCCUAAUCUAACAAUCAAUUUCGAUCAUAGUUCUAAAAUUGAGAAAUCGUCACUCUCGAAAAAUGGCAAAAAUAAGAUCAUGAAAGAAUACCUAAACAAAUGUAAUGAAAUUGCAAUGAUUAACAAAUUGCUGAUUAAAGAUAAUCGAAUAAGCAAUCACAAUCAUCAACAAUCUGAUGGCAAUGACAAAUUCGAUGAUAAAUUCAUGUUUGAAAUAUUUAUCGAAGACCUUAUUCAUCAACAACAGCAACAGAAUGCGAAAUUUACCAAAUCAAAAUCUGAUUAUGAAAAACUUGGCGAUGAAUGCGAUGAUAAUGGCGUUGGAUUUACUGAUAAUAUUAUACUUCGUAUAUUAUUAAUGCCAUUCAUAUUGAUAUAUUCAAUUUCAAUGCCAGCAAAAUUGCCUGUAGUCACAUUCUUUUUCUCUAUUAUUUGGUUAUCACUUUUAUCAUAUGUAACCGUAUGGUCAAUAAGCGGUCUAAGUGAUAUGAUCUCUAUACCAUCGACCAUUUCGGGGAUGACCAUUUUAGCUGCUGGUUCUGCUGUACCUGAUCUUGUAACAUCGAUUAUUGUCAUCAAAAAAACUGGCCAAGCUUCCAUGGGAAUAUGUGCAGCUAUAGCUUCGAAUAUUUUCGCUAUUCUAUUAGGUCUAGGUCUACCAUGGGCCAUACAAUUCUCUUUGAAUUGGAUUAAAACUGGCAACUAUCAGAAAUCUUUGAUUACAUUACAGAGUAGUGCGUUGCCCUAUACAUCCAUAUUAUUGUUGGUCAUCGUUGCUCUUUUAUAUUUGACAUUUCGACAAUGCGAUUGGAAAAUAUCUAAAAGAUUUUCAUUCAUUUGUUUUCUACUUCAUGUCAUAUUUGUGGUGUGCAGUAUAUUUCUAGAAAUAUCAAUUAGCUGACAAUUUAUCUAAUUACUAAAAAUUUUAAAAUAAAGUUUGACCGGUUUUAUUUGUGAAA